GUGCUCGGGGUUCUGCACAGUAGGGGAGAGCACAGUGGAGCAGUUGUGGAAAACAGGAAAUUGUGGAGGAAAAAUCCCUCGAGGAUUAGUAAAUGGGUGCAACCACAGAGCAGGGAAUUCCUCCGCUGCUGAAUCGGGGAGGACGGCACUGGUUUCUGUGGUGCUCCACCCCAUCUGCUCGGGACAGCCGCGGCAGAUGCCAGCCUGGAGAUACCGGCCGCAGCGAGAUUUUGGGGGUGAGUCGGUGGUUGGUUUGGGGCUUUCCUGAACCCUCAAGUUGCAGUACCCUUUCACCGUGCUGACUGGUGUCCAUCUCGGCGGGGCCGGCCCCAGACAGCACCAAGGAUGCUGAACCCGAGGCAGAGGUAGCAGCAGCUCUCAUCUCUGGCCGCUGACGUCAGGGUUAUUGCAAAAGCAGCGAUAAGAGCUCACUCUGGAAAGCAGAAAGAAGAGCUAAUUCAAUGGAGAGACAGACUUGUAUGUCAAGUCUCCUGCUUUAAUCUGAUUUCCUGGGCUGCAGGGUAGCACAGCGAAGGAUCUGCGUAAAACUUUCAGGAGCAGAGAUGAUGUAGAAGCUUAAAUCCUGCCCGCUUCCAGGGGUGAGGUGCCCAAGGGAAGCCGGAGAGAUCAGGAACAGGCAAGGAGGUUUAAACACCACAGGUAAGGGUUACCAGCCCUGCGUGUUUUCUGUGCCCACCGUGUGUGCAGUGCAAUUUUUUCUGCCCCAAAGCCAUCACAGCGGUUUGCAAGUGAAAUGUGGGCUGGCCGAUGUCCGUUUGUGAAAAGCCUUGCCAAAUAGCAUGGGGAUGGGGAGCUCAUUUGGAUAAAUAGGGAGAAACCCAACAGCCACCUGGACAGUUAAGGUGGCUCUCGGGAUGUCGGUGAGGAUCUUUCGGAUGUGGCAUUUGCUGCAUCCUCAGCAGCUCCUUGCUAGGACCGAAUUGAAACCGGGGGCAGGUUAGGGGGGCAGGCGUGCGUGUCUUUUCCUGCGAGAGGCUGGAGCUGGUCUGGUUUCUGGGAAUGCUAGUUUAUUCUGGCCCUUGACCCUGCAAACUAGGCUGAACAAGCAAACAUGAAGCUUGGGACCAUUGAACCCGACGGCCACGCUGGAGGGUGAGGGGUGUAUACGGAGACAGCACGCAGCAGCGGCGUAUCCAAGCUUGGAGAAGCCAGGGCUGGGGAGGAAAGGAGGAAAGCCCGGCACGUUUGGGCGGCUGCAUGCUGGUUUUGGCCCAUGCGUAAAACUGGGAGGCGGCUGCAAGGCUGGCUGGGGUGGAGGCGGGGGAGCUUUGCUGCAGGGACUCGAGCUACUGGCCCGUGGUUUGCAGCAAGGGGUUGCAAGCCGAGGUCAGGGAGGCGAGCGGGCAGGAGAUGCGGUUCCACGUGUUUAUUUUUGGAAAGCGCGCACGUCUGGGCCUGGCGACUCCCGGAACGCAGAUAAUUCAGUCAGGGAGGUGGAGGAGGAGUUCCCACCCGUGACCCAGCCAGUGGGGAAGAGCAGCCCUCGGGUGGCUCCGAGCCCAGGGCGGUUGCAGCCAGGGGACUCACCGCCAGCGUGUGUUAGUCUGGAGUGGGCAAGCACUGGCCAGAAACAAGCCGUGGGCUGUGCCGAGGACUUGGAUUUUGGAGCAACCCUUGCAGGCAGCGGUGGGGGGAAGCCGCGGGGCUGUUUUGGCUGGGAGAGCAGCAGUUUUGCUUUCUUUUCUCCAGGCAGGGAGGCGUUGCAGGGCAGGCAGCCAGCACCGCAGGCAGCCCUGCUCCAUCUCAAACAGGAAGAAAAGAGAAGUGGUACAGCUAGAGAUUUGUUUCUGACCUGUUUCUGGUUAGUUUGCAUUGACAACAGCUGUUUGUCUAAGGCAGCGCAGCGCCAUGAAGCGUGGAGUGUUUCCCUAAGCAGCAAAAUUUAUUUUGGGGGCAUCUUUUUUGGGUGCUGUGAAGAGGUCCAUGAUCGCGCUUCUAAGGAUGGUCAAUGUAAAUCCUUAGCAGAUGUUAGUAAUUUGGUUCUUUCCUAAGGUCUGUGGAUAUUACAGCCGAGAAACCAGUAAAGGGUCAAAUUCAGAUUUGAUGUCUCAGUUCGAUGGGAUCCUGCGAUGCUCAGGAAGUUGGAGAUUUUGGAUCGCCACAACCGUUUUGCUGUAGUUUCUGCAGCGCCGCAGGAGUUUUGGGAAGGGCUGGAGAGGAGCCUCCCCUUGCCCUGCGGCACGUGGUUUGUGUAGCGGCUCGGCAGAGAGGGAAUCGCACCCAGGUGCAGUGUAACGUGUCCCGUCGUGCAGUAGCUGGAUGAAAGCUUCUUGCAAAGGUGGGAAGAAGAAAGGAGAGAGUCAGUGGCACUGCUUGCCUGAAAGCGGCAGGGAGGGGACCAGACGGAGCCUGGGAUGGAUGCUGCUGCCCAGGUCACGGUGAGAGCGGCCAGCAAGAAUCCUGCUGCUGCCGCCUGCCAUGCACUCCCCGUAGGCACGGUGGAGUUAGAUUUCCAGCAUUAGUGGAUAUAAGAGCCUGCCGUGGGAGGGGGCCGCACGCAUGCUAGCGGGCCGGCACCCCCCGCACCCCGAGCCAUGCUGUGAGGUGGGGGCAGCCCGGCCGGCCGGCCAGCAGCGGGGGCGAUGGCCCAGUCCCGGGCCAACGGCUCGCACUACGCCCUGACGGCGAUAGGGCUGGGGAUGCUCGUCCUCGGCAUCAUCAUGGCCGUCUGGAACCUCGUCCCCGGCUUCGGCCCCGCCGACAGACCCACCGCCCACGGCGGGAACAGCAGCAAGCCCGACCGCGGCACCGGGGGCAUUUUGAAGAGCAAGACCUUCUCGGUGGCGUACGUGUUGGUGGGGGCGGGCGUGCUGCUGCUGCUGCUCUCCAUCUGCUUGAGCAUCCGGGACAAGAAGAGGCAAAGCGAAGAUAUUGUUCGCGUGCAGCACCAAGUGUCUGCAGAGCCCUCUCACCAGGAGGACAGUCAAGAAGAGGACGAAGACGUGUCUUCCCAGUACUACGUCCCCAGCUACGAGGAGGUGAUGAACUCGGGCUACUCCGAGCCCAGAGACUCGGACAGGAGCAACAGGGUCAGCGUCUCCCUGCCCUCCUACGAAUCGCUGACGGGGCUGGACGAAGGCACCCAGCCGGCGGGAGCUGCCGGCGCGGAGCCCGGCGCGGAGCGGCAGCCCGGCCGGCACAGCUCGCGCCUCAGCAAGCGCCUGAAGCCACUCAAGGUCCGGAGGAUCAAGUCGGAGAAGCUGCACCUGAAGGACAUCAGGCUAAACCUCGCCGAGGGGAACAGCACCGCCCCUAUCACAAUAGAGCCGCUGACCCCUCCGCCCAAGUACGAGGAGAUCCAGGAGAAAGCGCCAGAGAGGCAGCAAAUUACUUAAAAAAAAAAAAAAAGGAGGAGGAAUCUGUGAUGCUGCUGGGGGUUUGGGGGGGGGUUGGGGUUUGGUUUCGUUUUGUUUUUUUUAAAACAACCACACUCAGCCUAAGCGGUGAUGUGGAGGACACGACGGGUGUGUAGCACUGUGGCACGGGGACAGGACAAGCUUUUGCCGGGAUGGGGCUUUAUAGAAGACCAUGGGGAAAGAGACCCGAAUGCUGACAGGUCUGCUGCUCUGCAGUAAAUGAGGGCUGGAGGUACCAAAAGUGUAAUUUGUGGUAUUUUACAUAAGGACCACCCAAUUCUCACCCCCUUCCCCUUGCGCAAGGAAGACUUUUCCAAGCCACCAAACUGAUAUUGGACAAGGGUUUUCCAAGUGGAAAAGGGCAACACUCCUUUUUUUUAUUUUGUGCCUUUUCUUUAUGAGUAAGGGAAUCUGCACUGCCAGAGUAGUGCUGUGGCUUUCCCCCACUCACACCCGUUGCCAGGAUGGUGGCCCGGAGCCAGCCCCGACUCCUGCCAAGGUCUGUGCUUGUGGGUGGGAGGUGAGCUGAAAUGGACCCUGUGCUCCUCGGGGAGAGGAUGGGUUUUUUGCCUUGGUUGCUUUCUCUGUCGUGUUUUGUGCUCUGAUGCGAAGGGACGGUCCGUUUGAGGCAAAUGGAUAAAAUCCAGGGGGUUGGGAGCUGAAUGCACCGCUGGCAGGAGCCGUGCAGGGUGAACCGACUGCUGUGUGAGCAGACCUGUUCUAAAUAAAUGUUUUGUACAUUGUG